UUAGCUCACUAACUCUUCCAUGUUAUGUCUCUGCUGCUUUCGAAUCUUGUAAGAAAUCUCCCAUUGGGAGAUCUGCUCUCUUCCAGCAUGCUGAGUGUCAUUGAACUCAUUGGGGAUGUUUUUCAUGUGACUGGUCAAAUGUUGUGUUAGGUGACUAGUAUGGGACUGAGGACACGGUCAAGUGAGCACCCCUAAUUUCGCUGAUUUAUUGCUGACAAUCACUCUCAAUGGAAUCCAAUCAAAAAUCUGGGGAUGGACUGACGGGCAUGCAGAAAGAGGUCUCGCUGCGUGCGCUCAUUCAGCGCACAGGAUACCAAUUACUGCAGGAGAAUGGUCAGAGGAGGUACGGCGGGCCCCCUCCAGGCUGGGAAGGCCCUCCCCCAGAGAGGGGCAGUGAGAUCUUCGUGGGGAAGCUGCCAAGAGACCUCUUCGAGGAUGAGCUGGUCCCCCACUGUGAGAAAUUUGGGAAGAUCUUUGAGGUUCGGAUGAUGAUGGACUUCAACGGCAAUAACAGGGGAUAUGCCUUUGUUACCUUUUACACCAAAAAUGAAGCCAAGACCGCCAUGAAACAGCUCAAUAACUAUGAAAUCAGGAACGGAAGGCUCCUAGGAGUGUGUGCCAGUGUGGACAACUGUCGUCUGUUUGUGGGGGGCAUCCCCAAAUCCAAGAAGAGAGAGGAGAUCCUGAUGGAGAUGAAGAAAGUGACAGAUGGGGUGUUGGAGGUGAUUGUUUACCCCAGUGCUGCGGACAAGACCAAGAACAGGGGCUUCGCCUUUGUGGAGUACGACAGUCACCGCGCUGCAGCCAUGGCCAGGAGGAAACUACUGCCAGGGAGGAUCCUGCUGUGGGGACACGCCAUCGCCGUGGACUGGGCGGAGCCUGAAGUGGAAGUGGACGAGGACACCAUGGCAACGGUGAAGAUUCUCUACGUGAGGAACUUGAUGCUGGCUACUACAGAAGAGACCAUCGAGAAGGAGUUCAACAGUAUCAAACCAGGUACUGUGGAGAGAGUGAAGAAGAUCAGAGACUAUGCCUUUGUCCAUUUCACUCAGAGAGAGGAUGCGAUAAGUGCCAUGGACGCACUGAAUGGAAAGCUGGUGGAUGGCUCUCCCGUGGAGGUGACCCUGGCCAAGCCGGUGGAUAAGGACAGCUACGUGCGCUACACCCGGGGUACAGGUGGCCGAGGUGGGGCCCUGCUCCAGGGGGAGUACGCCUACACACUGGGCCAGGUGUGUGACCCCUCAGCAGCCUACCUGGGUGCCCCCGUGUUCUACGUCCCCCAGGCAUAUGCUGCUGUUCCUAAUCAGUUCCGCUUCCCCAUGGCCAAGGGGCUUGUGGGGGGCCGUGGCCUGGUGCGCACGCCUUCGGUCAGAGAAAUUUACAUGAAUGUACCUGUAGGGGCAGCGGGCGUACGGGGGAUGGGUGGUCGCGGAUACCUCGCCUACGCAGGUUUAGGCCGAGGCUGUGCCACCUACCAGCUAAAGACAGACAAGCGCCCCGACGACAAGCUCUUUGACCUGCUGCCGGGCAUGGAGCUCACGCCCAUGAACCCUGUGAAGCCUCCCAGUAUCAAACACACACCACAGAUCUUGGAGGAUGUGUGUCAGAAGAACAACUGGGGGCAGCCAGUUUAUCAGCUUCACUCUGCCAUCGGACCUGAUCAAAGCCAACUGUUCCUCUACAAAGUCACAAUUCCGGCUCUGGCCACCCAAUAUCCUAAUGUGCAUCCGUUCACCCCAGCCAAGUUGUGUACAUCUGUGGAUGAGGCCAAGGUUCAUGCUGCGGAGCAUGCCCUGCAGACCCUGGGUCUGCAGACAGAGUGCGCUGAGGCCUCCGCUGCAGCUGUAGCCGUUGCUGCAUUCCAAGGUUACACAAUAGCGAACACCUCAGCCUCAGUAGCUGCCUCCCAGCUCAAACAGGCCGUCUCCCUGGGCCAGGACCUGGCAGCAUACACUACCUACGAAGGCUAUCCCGCCUUCGCCGUGGCAACCAUUGGAGACGGUUAUGGAGUGUUCUAGGGCCAUCCUGGAACCUCAUCUCAUUCACCAGCAUUCCUUUGUGCAGAAGAUGAAAUCCAUCCAUAAGCUGCUGUGAAACUGAACUGCCUAUUUUAAGACGUUAAGGGUUUGUUGUCUAUGGAAACGUGUCUGAGUCAUGGAAUAUUUAUUGUCAAAAUGUCUGGUUUUACAUUGGAAUAAUAUGUUCGCUAUGGACAAUCAUCUUGGACAGAGAUCGAUGUCAUUCUAUGUUGCGUAUUUUCCUUAUUGCCUUACACCAAACCUAGGCCUACGAACAUGGACAUAGGAAGUGUUAACACAUUUAUCAGCGUACAAAACGACACUCUGUUAAACAUGAAAAUGCCUAAGCAGUGACAGUAUUAAAGUGUGUAUAGCGCUUAGAACUUAUUUUUAUACCAGAAAUCCAACAAUAUUUGUAUAGUUAUAUUGUUUCGGGAUAUUUCAAAUUCUUUGUGCCUCAAUAAUUUCAAUAAAAAUCAUAAAGGGGUGAAAUAAAUACAAAUCUGAAAUGUAAGGAGAAAUGGGAACACUUUUGUGAAACAACGUGUGGUGCUGCUUGGGUAAUUCUAAUGUGUCAUGAUCGGUAAUUGCCUGCGAUAAAUAAACCAAUUGCAUUUGUA